AUGGGAUGCGUAAAUUCCAGAGUGAAGAACGGUGUCCUAGAUGACCCUGAUGGUGACAAGACGGCCUACGAUGAGAGAUUUGAAGAGAUAAGAGUGUUAGGCGAAGGCUCCUUUGGCGUCGUCAGUCUUGUCAAUGACAAGAAAAGUGACGGUCUUCUACAGCAAUAUGCAAGCAAAAAUCUACAGAAGGGAGAAGUGUGGAAAGGGGACACGCUGUAUCCGCCAAUCGCUCCAGAAUUACUACGAACGGAGGUGGAAAUUCUUAGGACUCUGAGAGGCCAGCAUUAUUGCCUGAAGUUGAUCGGCGUGUACGAGACUGACAAGGAGUUAUUACUCGUAAGCGAGUGUUGUUCUGGAGGGGAGAUGAUAGAAUAUGUUUCCAUGCUGUCUCAAGAUUUAAGGACAGAGGAUAUUUCGCGAAUAUCGUACCAGCUUUUAGAUGCAGUCAAUCAUUGCCAAAGUCACAAUGUGAUUCACAGAGAUUUGAAACCAGAAAACAUCAUGUUCUUGACGAAUGAACCUGGUGCUGAGCUACGGUUAAUUGACUUUGGUCUGUCCACAAAUCGAUUCGCGGACGGCCUUCACACAACUUAUUCUGGAACACCCUUCUACAACUCUCCUGAAAUGUUCAAGAACAAGUACACGAGCAAAACUGAUGUCUGGAGCACUGGAGUGACAUUGUAUGUCCUAGUCGCUGGAUAUCCUUCGGAACGCCUCCAAGAUGCGUUCAAUAUCUUGCUGGAUCCAAAACGAAAAACUUUGAAGACGUUGCCCAACAUGCCAGCCAACAUGCCCGACUCCUAUUACGAUAUGCUGGAUGGCUUAUUGACUCACAACUGGAGAAAUCGAAAGACUGCAGGCGAAACACUAAAGUGUGAUUUCGUUCUCUUUCAUCAAGAUUUGGAAGCCGAGCACAAAGAUGAUACGGCAGAAUUGACCAUACAACACAAACGACAAGAGAGAAUACAGAAAACAACUUCGAUGCGUCUACCUGGUACUGUGAAACGUCACACUAUCUUUUUGGACUUCAAGAGUUUCGAACGGUCACUGACGACGGUACUAGCAACUAUAUUGGACCGUACUGAACUCCACUUGCUGAUUGCUCUUUUCGACGAAAAGGUCGGGGGGGAGAUUGACCCACAGCUACGUGUCAUCAAGGUGCAAGCCUUGAAAGACUUGGUCGAGCAGGAACUUGAAAGCCCGAAAUGCGUGGCUGCAAUCAACAAGUUGAAGGACGCGCAAAAGUACGACAACUUUGCAUAUAACACAAGUUUGUGCAAAAUUUUUGAUGAUACCUGCGGCGAAGACCCAGGGAUGAUUGGAGGUGGCUCGGAAAAGGGGAUACAGAGCGAUCGACCGCAGAGGAUAUUCCGAAGAAGUCAUUCUGAUGUUGAAGACCCUUUUAGCAAUAGUGAGAGAGCUAGCAGCGAUAGGGGAGUAUUCCUACGCAAAAACAAGUCUGUAUUUUUAUAA